GCUCAGCGGCCAUGGCUCAUGGGCCCAGCCGCUCCGCGGCAUGUGGGAUCCUCCCAGACCGGGGCAUAAACCCGUGUCCCCUGCAUCGGCAGGCGGACUCUCAACCAUUGUGCCACCAGGGAAGCCCCAAAGUGAUCUUUUGAUUCACGAUACAUUUCUAGCAAUGGCUUGGGAAGUAAAACCACCUGAGAGGCUAGUUUGUUGAAGGUGAGGGUAGUUGGGGAGGGGCGGUCUGAGCCUGCCUGACUUUACGGUAAGCAGUGACUUACUUUUUCUUCCCCGUCUAGUCCCGCAUGUGAGGGGAUUAAUCUUUAAACCCUCUGCCUCGGUUACCGAGUAACAGGCACAGUUGGUUUUGCAGGCCAGUGUGUUCCCAGUGCCAGCCGUUCACUCAUUAACACUUCUGGAGGGGUUGCGUGUCCUGGUUAAACUCCAAAUGUCACACACGGAGACCCACCCGGCUGUACACACUGAUUUAAUUAGUGACCAAUCUGAGCAGGAAGGACCCAGUGGAACCAGAGACAUCAUUGCCACCAACAGGGAGCAUCUGGGGUCAGAUGUGGAGCUGAAGCCCAGCUCUGGCCCUCCAGUGGUCGUGCAGGGACAGGUGGCCAGCCUCCUGCCUUCGUCCCUUGACUGUGACCCGUACCACCUACUCUGAGCGCAAAAGGGGACAGUGCGCAGAAGAGCUAAGCAUGGUGGCUCUCAGCUUCUGGCAGACGCUUGCUGGAUACUAGGACCCAGUAUCUGGGGUCCUGGGAGACCCUGGGGACCCAAGGGGAUGGUCAGGAUGGGACGGUUUGGCCUGAUCACUGGUCUAGAAAAGGGAGCAGGAAAUUUGGUGACAGGCCUUUAUUGUCCAGCGAAGGGUGUUCUAGGACCAGGACUGCCGUGGCUGGAAGUGAACCGUGUGACGCAAGUCACUAUCCCAGGACCCUCUCGGUCCACUCAAGGCCUGCUGGGUGCAGAAGGAUGUGGCUGCCAUCGUGGCAGUGUCCCCAGAAGUGGGGCAUCUGUCCCCAACCCUCCGUGCUUCUUAUCCGAAUUACAUACGGGUUCAGCCACCCAUUCAGCAACGACCCCUUUCUGGGACGAUUCUGGUUGCCUCUGGAUCCACUAGGCUCCCUUUACUUUUCCCGAGCCUCCCCCGAGCGCUCCCCACUCCCUCGAUCCCCACUGGGGGUGGAGGAGAUGUAGCUGCACUUUGAAGCAGCUUCCCUGCACGCGGCCACACCGUGGGCAGGAGGUGGCACCGUCGGCUCGGUUUAAUCAUCAAUUUAUUUCCUGCCGGGAAGCCCUUUCUGCCCUGGCCUGGCCUCAGUUCCUCCCGCUCGAGCUGGCCCUGCUGCAGGAUGGCUGCGGACAACUCUACCGGCGGUCCCCACGCCCCCGGGCCGCAGCUGAGCGUGGUCGACAUCACCAUCAUAACCGUGUAUUUUGCCCUGAACGUGGCCGUGGGCAUAUGGUCCUCGUGCCGGGCCAGCAGGAACACAGUGAGCGGCUACUUCCUGGCGGGCCGGGACAUGACGUGGGGGCCGAUGGGAGCCUCCCUCUUUGCCAGCAGCGAGGGCUCGGGCCUCUUCAUCGGACUGGCGGGUUCGGGUGCAGCUGGAGGCCUGGCGGUGGCAGGCUUCGAGUGGCAUGCCACGUACGUGCUGCUGGCCCUGGCGUGGGUGUUCGUGCCCAUCUACAUCUCUUCGGAGAUAGUCACCAUGCCUGAAUACAUCCAGAAGCGCUAUGGAGGCCAACGGAUACGCAUGUACCUGUCUGUCCUGUCGCUGCUGCUGUCUGUCUUCACCAAGAUAUCGAUCGACCUGUACGCGGGGGCCCUCUUCGUGCACAUCUGCCUGGGCUGGAACUUCUACCUGUCCACCAUCCUCAUGCUCGCCGUCACGGCCCUGUACACCAUCGCAGGGGGCCUGGCCGCUGUGAUCUACACAGACACCCUGCAAACGCUCAUCAUGGUGGUGGGAGCCGUGAUCCUGACGGUCAAAGCUUUCGAGCAGAUCGGCGGGUAUGAUCAGCUGGCGUCAGCCUACGCCCGGGCCGUCCCAUCCAGGAUCAUCUCCAACACCACCUGCCACAUGCCGCGGGCAGACGCCAUGCACAUGUUCCGAGACCCCUCCACGGGGGACCUCCCGUGGACCGGGAUGACCUUCGGCCUGACCGUCAUGGCCACCUGGUACUGGUGCACCGACCAGGUCAUCGUGCAGCGCUCACUGUCCGCCAGGGACCUGAACCACGCCAAGGGGGGCUCCAUCCUGGCCAGCUACCUCAAGAUGCUGCCCAUGGGCCUGAUCAUCAUGCCGGGCAUGAUCAGCCGUGUGCUGUUCCCAGUUUCCCAGGUGGGACGGAAGUCCAUGCAGAUGCUCAGCUGUCCAGUUGCGGAAGUAGGGUCGGGACCGUGCUGGGAGCCACCAAGGCAGAGGUGGGGCAGGUCUGACCCGACCUCAGGAGCCUGCAAAGAGCCUGGUGUGGAUGGAGCAGAUGACGUGGGCUGUGUGGUGCCCUCUGAGUGCCUGCGGGCCUGCGGGGCCGAGAUCGGCUGCUCCAACAUCGCCUACCCCAAGCUGGUCCUGGAGCUGAUGCCCACAGGCCUGCGGGGGAUGAUGAUCGCUGUGAUGAUGGCCGCUCUCAUGUCAUCGCUGACCUCCAUCUUCAAUAGCAGCAGCACGCUCUUCACCAUGGACAUCUGGAAGUGGCUGCGGCCCCGUGCCAGGGAGCGGGAGCUGCUGCUGGUGGGACGGCUGGUCACUGUGGUGCUCAUCGGCGUGAGCGUGGCCUGGAUCCCGGUCCUGCAGGGCUCCAACAGUGGGCAGCUCUUCAUCUACAUGCAGUCGGUGACCAGCUCCCUGGCCCCCCCGGUGACCGCGGUCUUCGUCUUGGGCAUCUUCUGGCGGCGGGCCAACGAGCAGGGGGCCUUCUGGGGCCUGAUGGCGGGGCUGGCGGUGGGUGCCACCAGGCUGGUGCUGGAGUUCCUGCACCCGGCCCCGCCCUGCGGCCACCCCGAGGACCGGCCUGCCGUCCUGCACAGCAUCCACUACCUGCACUUCGCCGUGGCCCUCUUCGUGCUCAGCGGGGCCGUGGUGGUGGCUGGGAGCCUGCUGACGCCAGCCCCCCAGGGCAUCCAGAUCGAGAACCUUACCUGGUGGACCCUGGCUCAGGACCUGCCCUCGGGAGCCAAAACAGGUGACCCCCGAGCAUCCCAGAAACAUGCUUUCUGGGCCCGCGUCUGUGGCUUCAACGCCAUCCUCCUUGUGUGUGUCAACGUCUUCUUCUACGCCUACUUCGCCUGACACCGUCCCCGGACGCCCCCCUUCCCCACCAAGGGUACGGAGGCCCAGAGGAGGGUGGCGCCCCUCGUGGCCACAGGGGAGGUCAGUGCCCAGGGGCUGGCUGAGCCCGCAAAGCAGGAGCUCUGAAAAAUUAGGGAGGAAAUGGGAAAAAAGAAUGUGUGGUGCUUCCAAAACAGUAGUUGUAACUGGAAAGAAAACGAGAUUUCUGAUGA